AUGGCUAGGCCUCCACUGCCGUUGCUCGGUUCGACGGUGUUGCCUCGACCUCCUACACAUUUGCCGUUCACUCGUCGAGAGAUCGCGUCGUCUCGUCCUCGUACUUUAUUGCCACAUUUUUCGAGCUCAAAUGCCUGUUCAAGCAAAGCUCCAGGUCGAUCUCAACCUGAAGAUUUUUCGAAGACACCAUUGGAGAAGUCCAUAGAUGAAUUAAAACGCGUUAAAGCCCGAGUACGAGAUAGUUUUACUAGGAUGAAUCAAACCCAGGAACAAUUCGACUUAGACUUGGAGGAAGCUUCACGUAUUGUCAACUCACUCGAAGCCGAACAACGAUACCUCUCCCAAGUGUACGCAAACCUCUUAGACUUCAGCGCCAGACAAAUCCAACGAUGCUUUCGAGGACAUACUGGUCGUCGAUUAUUCCGUCAGGCUCUAGUUGUACGAGCAGUACUGCGAGUUCAGCAUAAAUUUCGAGAAUUUCAUCGGCGUCGAGAAGAAACACGAAAAAAGUCUCGAGUUAUGUACCGCAAGGUGUUACGAGGUCUUCGCGGCGUACGUGAACGGGAUGAACUGUCCCAUGCUGAACUACUCAACCGUGUAGGACACAAUUUGCAGGUGGAAUCUCAGUGGCGUAAGGCAAUGGGUGUCGAGGACACAGAGAGCGAUCUGAUCACUGCACUAUAUCGCAAAAAAUACGUCCGUGGGAAGUUAGGAGCCAUGUUCCGUCAGCUAUACUGGGUGCACUCAGUGGGGAUGUAUUGGAAGUCGCUGCUCCCUCAACCAGAGCCCAUAAAGCCGGUAGAAUCUGACGUACAGGAAAGCGAGCAAAUAGAUGAACAAGUCGAUGAAUUGACGUUCGAGUUGGCUGAAAUGAAUGGAAAUGGAUUGGAAGGGGUCGAUUCAAGCAGUGAGCACAAAAUUGUUAUCGUUGCUCCGCCCCGACGAAAGCAGAAUGGAGCUGGAAAAAGGUUCAACAGAGGAUCUCACCGUGAUGAACUACUUCAUCGUCAAAAGAUGACUAUGCGUGAGAUCAAAGCGAAAAAGGACGAUGAAUUGCGUAAAGAAGAGGAAACAAUAAAACGAAUCGUACAAGCGAAGAAGAAAUCGGACACUCAUAGUGAACGUACACAACGAUCUACACACAAAGGCGGACAACGAUGA